AAAUUAAUCAUAAAAAACAUAUUUGUUAUACUCUUAAUAAAUCCCCUUAAUACUCUUUUUCGAUUGACUAAAGGAAGUCUCCUUUCUCAGGCCUUCCAUCAAUAACUCUUCUCUUUGAAUCUCCUUGCUCAAUCCGUGUCUGCAAAAAUGGCAGAAGCACUUGAAGAUCUAAGAAACCUCAGAGACAACCUCACAUCCAUCAGAGCUUUACUUAAAGAUGCUGAGGAGAAGCAAAUAUCAGAGGAACCUGUCAAGUUAUGGCUAGAUCGGCUCAGAGAAGAAUCUCUUAACAUGGAGGAUGCUUUGGAUGAGUGGAGGACUGUACACCUGUAUCGGCGAACUGAUGGAGCUGAGGAAAGUGCUUCUUUUCUUCAGAGGAAGGUACGUGUUUUCCUCAGAUGCUUUUCUUUUCAUCCUGUUAGAUACCGUGGCAUUGCUCACAACAUAAAGGAAAUCAAUGAAAGGUUAGAUAAGAUUGCUGAGGAUAAAGAUAGGUACCAGUUAACAAGCACUGCAAUGAUCAGUAGACUGCCAAGACAAGGAGAAAGCAAAUCUUUUAUUGAUGAGUCAAGCUUGCUUGGUCGAGAUGAUGUCAAGAAUGAAAUAAUCAGCCAUUUGUUGUGUGAGGCUAGCAAAGAAGAGGAGGGUAGCCCAAUCCAAACCAUCUCCAUAGUGGGGAUGGGAGGUAUUGGGAAGACUGCUGUCGCCCAGCUGGUCUACAAUGACAAAAAUGUUAAACAACAUUUCACUUCUAGAGUCUGGACACAUGUUUCCAACAUUUCUGAUGAGAGAAAAGUCGCAAAAGAUAUCAUUGUAGGGCUUCAAGGCCUAGAAAAACAAGCAACCCUCCAGUUGUUGGAGUCAGUUCAAUUAGAUGCUCUUUUAGAUGAAGUUCGCAAGUCCUUAGAGGGAAAGAAGUACCUUCUUGUUUUAGAUGAUGUAUGGACAGAAAAAGAAAAAGACUUUGAAGGACUGAACGCUACUUUCAAAUGUGGUGCCCCGGGUAGUAGGAUAUUGGUGACUACACGUAAGAGCACUGUUGCAACAGUUAUGGGAAGUUCACACACCAUUCAGUUAAAAAACUUGAGCCCAGGGAUAUGUUGGUCUAUCAUUAGUAAAAUAGCACUAAGAGAGAAGGACCAAAAGACUUGUGAGGAGCUCAAGCCUGCUGGAUUGAAAAUUGCAGAAAAGUGUGGUGGUCUGCCGCUUGUUGCAAAGACUUUGGGAGGCCUUUUGCGGUUUAAAACUGGCAUACAAGGGUGGGAGAAUGUUUUGAAUAGUGAUUUGUGGAGAAUGGAAAUUAUGCAUAAAGAAGUUUUUGUUCCUUUGUUGUUGAGUUAUUAUGAUCUGCCCUCACCAGUAAGACAGUGCUUUACAUAUUUUGCUUUCUAUGACAAACACACAAGAUUUUGUGUUUUUCAUAUGCUUUCAGUCUGGAUGGCACAAGGUUACUUAGGCCUUGAUGAUGACAAUUCACCAUUGGAACAAAAAGGCAUUGAGUACUUUCAAUGCUUAAUGGAUCGCUGUUUCAUCCAAGGUUUUGAGUUUGAAGAUCGAUUUUUUGAGAUACAUGAUUGGGUACAUGAAUUUGCUUUCUUUUUGACAAGGGGAGAUUGUAUGAGAUUGGAGGUCCCCGAAGGUAAUAGAAGUUUACCGAUGAACUGUGAAAGAACUCAAGAAAGAACACCUCGACAUUUGACAGUGAUGGUAGAAAGGGGGUUCAGUUUUCCUGAAUUCAUUCCUGAUGCAGAAAAAUUGCGAAGUGUUGUGAGUUAUGGUAGAGAUGAUCAUGCUCCCGUCAGUGAAAAGGCCAUGCAUAAUUUGUUUAAUCAAGCUAGACGCUUAAGGGUGGUGGAUAUGGCGAUGGGAUAUCACGGUUCAGCUAUUCCAGAAGAAAUAAGAAACUUAUUGCAUUUGAGAUUCCUUAACUUGAGUCGGUGCAGAAACCUUAAAAGGUUGCCAAAAGCACUCUUCAGAUUACACAAUUUGGAACAAUUAAAUUUGUCUGGCUGUUCUAAUCUCGACAGAUUGCCCGAUGAGAUAGGAAAUUUAGUCAACUUGAAGCUUCUUCGUACCACAGGCUGCCUCCAAUUAGCUUGCUAUCCAAAGGAAGUUGUGAGAUUAACUCGACUUACACAAUUAUUGGGUCUCAUUGUGAGAAUUGAUCGUGACGAUCCUGAAGAGUUUAGCAUUGGAGAUCUAGCAAAGUUGAAUAAACUUCUCGUGCUUUCUAUGAAAAUAGUGGGAAAUACAAUCAAUGUGGGCGAGGCUAAAAAGGUGAAGCUUCAAAAUUUGCAGGAGGUGAAGAUAUUGGUGGAUGGGGACAUAGCGGAAGCUGAACAUGUCAUACUUGAAUCCUUAAACAUGUCCUCUGUACCAAGGUACAGAUUUCAAACGGACUACUAUAUGGAUGACGGCUUCAAUGAAUCAAGAAAUGAAUGUCUUUACUAUAGCUGGGCGUAAAUGAGAAAGUUGUUGGCGAUGAUGAUGGUGAAGAGAAAAGAUGUCAGCUCCUGUACUUCUUUUCCUUUUUGGUACACGUUCCUCGUUGCAACAGACAUUGCGUGGUUUCUUAUUGUCUAAAACUGCCACGUUCUUUUUUCUUGAUUUUAUUUACUUGCUUAUGUUUGAGAUGAUUUGUGACUGGUUUUAUUUCUUGGAAAUUGUUGAACAUUAAGGCUUUGGAUGAUUUGCCAUAAUAGUUAAAUGUGUG